GAGCUUCCGUGUUUACACACCCACAAAAAAAAGGACUCUAGCGGCCGUCGGGCGAAUGUUUACCAAGCAGCAGUAGAGUGGUGGUGAGGAAAGUGACAGUCACACUGGAGGCUUGGUGUAUGGUGAAACACAGGUGAUUUCAGCUUCUACGGUUGCAUUUUACAGCGGAAUGUUCACUCGAAGGGGGCAUGGAGACGUCAAGAAAUCUACACAGAAAGUUCUGGACCCAAAGAAGGAUGUACUGACCCGACUCAAACACCUCCGGUCACUGUUAGAUAUCAUUGACAAGAGUGAACUAAAGCCGUUCUUCGAGAACAACUGUUCUCAGAUUUAUUUUAUCUUCUAUGAAAAUUUCAUUACACUGGAAAGCAACUUAAAACAAAAAGGGAACAAAUCUCAAAGGGAGGAGCUGGACUCUAUCCUCUUUAUUUUUGAAAAAAUUCUACAACUUCUGCCUGAGAAAAUCUACAACCGAUGGCAGUUUCACAGUAUAGGUUCUAUUCUGAAAAAGCUUCUACACACUGGAAAUUCAUUCAAGAUCCGCUGUGAGGGGAUCCGUCUCUUCCUGCUGUGGCUUCAGGCCCUGAGGGACAACUGUGCUGAGGAGCAGUUCCUUAUCUUUGCCUGUCUGGUGCCAGGAUUCCCUGCUGUGCCCUCAUCCAGAGGGCCCUGCACCCUUGACACCAUCAUUUACAACCCCUUCUCCAACCCCCCUGAUGCCAAGGUGGUGCCUGAGGAGAUUACCCCGCUGGUUCCGGCUGUGGUAGGAGAAAAGGUUGCAGAUGACCAGACUUGUUACAUCCUCGAAACCCUGCUUAAGUACAUGGUCAUCCAGGCAUCCAGUUUAGAAUGGAAGAACAAAGAGAACCAGGGCACAGGCUUCAGGUUUCUCUUCAGCCUGUUCAAGAAGUACUACCUUCCCCAUCUAUUCCCCUCCUUCACCAAGCUUACAAAUCUCUACAAACCUUUAUUAGACCUCCCCCACCACAGACCAAAACCCUUGUAUGUGCCAGUGACGCGGAACAACGAGAGCACCUUCUGCACCAGGGACCAGUACCUGGCACCCCGUGUGGCCUUCAUCACCUGGCUGGUCACCUUCUUCCUGGAGAAGAAGUACGUCAGCAGUGCUGCUGUGGCGCAGUGCGCCAAGAACGGCACUGAGGUCAUUCCCAAACUCAUCCAGACUGUCACUGCAGGCAGUAGCAGCCAGGAGAAGGAGAAGACAUCAGAUGGGGAUACGAAUGGGCCAGUGGGGGAGCCUGAGAAGAGCCACUCUAACAGCAGCACGCUAUCAGAUCGACGGCCCAGCGAUUCCAGUUUGUGUAGCAUUGAGGAGGAGCACCGCUACGUCUAUGACAUGGUGCAUGCCAUCCUGCUGUCCACCAGGGACAAUGUGAAUUUUGUCAACGAGGUCUUCCACCAGGCUUUCCUGCUGCCGUCCUGCGAGGCAUCAGCGACCAGGAAAGUGAUCAAAGUGUACAGGAAGUGGAUCUUGCAGGAGAAGCCCAGCUUCAUGACAGAGCCUAACACAACUACCCAGAUAGAUGAAGUGGAUGACAGCUCUGAACAGAUACUCGGCACAGAGACUAACAGCAUACAGGCACAGACAUUAGAGAGUCCCGGCCACAAACGGACAUCCAGCUGGGGCAGGACUUACUCGUUCAGCAGCGCCAUCAGUCGGGGCUUUCUCACUGAGGAGCAGAACAGGGACGUCGAGGCUGGUAUCCAGCCCACACUACAGGUGUUCCUGACCAACUCAUCCAAUGUGUUCCUGUUGGAGCCAUGCCAGGAUGUACCUAAACUCCUGGAUAACCAGGUUGAAGUGUGCAAGGGUGUUCUGAGUAUCUACCGGCACAUGAUCAUGGAGCACACCAUGAAUACACAGACAUGGGAGCAGAUGCUGCAGGUCCUGCUGAGGAUCACAGAGGCAGUGAUGAAGAGGCCACAGGAAAACCAAAGAAAAGACAGCUUUGCUGAAAGUUUAGCAUCUAUACUCUUUAGGACCAUCAUUGUGGCAUGGGUGCGAGCCAACCUGUGCGUAUUUAUCUCCCGGGAGCUAUGGGACGAGCUGCUGGCAGUGCUGUCCUCUCUUACCUGCUGGGAGGAGCUGGUGACAGAGUGGGCCAGCAUCAUGGACUCGCUGACGGCUGUGCUGGCACGCUCCGUUUAUGGCCUGGACAUGGCCAACCUGCCUCUGGACAAACUCAGCGAACAGAAGGAGAAGAAGCAGAGAGGACGGGGAGUUAUCCAGGACUCCCAGAAGGCAGCAGCAGUGGCACGUUCCUUCUCACUGAGUUGGAGGAACCAAGGGGAGCAGGUCGGACCAGGAGUUCAGGAGCCCAUGAGGAUUCGCUCCGCCACUACAUCAGGAGCUCCUGGUGUAGAGAAAGCCCGUAACAAUGUCCGACAGAAGGCCUCUGCUAAGCGAAGCCAGUCCAUCAGCAACUGUGUUCAUCUAUACGAGGCUUUGCCCACUACUAAAAGCGUUCCUAUGCUGCUCCACACUGUGAGCUCUUUCUUGCCUGGUAUCUCUUCUGGUAACUCUGCUUGCUCUCACAGACUCUCAGAUGUGGAGGAGUGUCAGUUGUCCGAAUGUGGGGGAGAGGAGGAGCUGGGAGGUGGGGAUAGCCCUCUGCCACGUAGCAGCAGCACCUCAGACAUCACCCAACAGCUGUCUGACACUUUGCCAGCCCAGAAAAGAGAGUACUCCCCCACUUCCUACGGCUCUGAUAGCAGGACGUCUGAGGGGAGGAGAGAGAGCAAUGAGCCACCAGUGAUCCUCAUUCGGCAGAGCAGCAGUCCACCUGAGACAGCUGAGUGCAAUGCUGAGGAACACACAAACUGCACAAGACCCAAGCUCAGAGAGAAAAGUGAGAGUAUAAGCAGUGAGACGUCCAACGGCUACCUCAAUGAAGCUGAGGUUACCUGGCAGGCCUUUGAUGAGGAAGCUGAUACUCGGUCCACACAGUCAGCCCACAUGGAUGUGACAACCGACCCCCAGAGCCAGGGGAGCCUGCUGCUUAGCCACAAUGAGGCUCUAGCAGGUCCUGAGUGUGCCUUCCCUCCCCACUCUGCACCCCCGUCCUACCACAACCACAACCACUACCCCCAGAACCCGCCCGCCUCACCAGCCCUGCUGGUGCACACAGAGUGCCCACGGGACUGCCCCCUGGACGACACCAUGCAUCAGUCUGUCUUACACAUGCCACACCACUUGGACAGUAGUGAGUGUCUGGCUGACGAUGUCAGCAUCAUUGCGGGUGGGACCCUGACUGGUUGGCAUGCUGAUUCGGCGUUCGUCCUGUGGAGGAGGAUUUUGGGUAUCCUGGGAGAUGUCAACAGCAUCCGCUGCCCCAAAAUCCAUGCCAAGGUCUUCGCCUAUCUUUAUGAGCUCUGGCACAAGCUAGCAAAGAUCCGGGACAAUCUUGGGAUCAGUGUGGACAACCAGUCUUCUCCUCCGCAGCCUACCUUUAUCCCUCCUCUUCGAAUGCUGGCCUCCUGGCUGUUUAGGGCCACCAUGCUGCCAGCUGAGUACAAGGCUGGCAAGCUACAGGCCUACAAGCUGAUCUGUGAGAUGAUGACCAGGCACCAGGAUGUGCUCCCCAACAGUGAUUUCUUGGUGCACCUCUACCACAUCAUGCACAAGGGCGUCACCAGUGGCGAUCAGGAUGUUUUGAACACCAUCAUCCGUUCCUGCUCUCCUCGUUUCUUCUUCCUCGGCCUGCCGGGCUUCACCAUGCUUGUUGGAGAUUUCAUCACUGCCGCUGCCUGCGUUCUCAGCUCUAACUCCUCAGAGGCUCCAAGGAUGGAGGCUCAGACAAUCCUGGGCUGCCUCGUAUGUUUCCCCAACCUUUACCUCCAGAUUCCUGUACUACAGCGUGUGCCUGGCUCUGAUGACGUCGUUGUGGGCAAUGAGGACAUCAAGGAUUAUCUAGUCAACAUCCUGCUAGAUACAGCAACAAAGGAACACUGUGAAGGGGCAAGGUGCAUUGCUGUGUGCAAUCUGGGUCUGUGGGUGUGUGAGGAGCUGAUGCAAAAGAACAUCCACCACCAGGUCAAAGAUGCCAUCAAUGUUCUGGGAGUGACACUAAAGUUUGGGAACAAAGCAGUGGCUCAAGUAGCCUGUGACGUGUUUCAGCUGCUCAUCUCUCACUGGGAACAUCUCCAGAGGUUGGAGCCCGCUCUGCCUAAGAAAAUCAUUGAGAUCUUUGUGGCCACAAUAGCCUUUUUGUUGCCAAGCGCAGAGCACUCAACUGUGGAAGCAGACAAAAAGUUGAUGGUGUCGCUGCUCCUCUGCCUGUUGGACUGGUGCAUGGCAGUUCCCCUGAGUCUCCUGCUGGAGCCCAUCACCAUGCCUUCGAUGGAGGACCGCACAUCCCACAAGGCCCCGCUGCUGGACUACAUCUACAGGGUGCUGCACUGCUGUGUGUCCGGCUCCAACCUGCACACCCAACAGAGCCGCUACCUCCUCAGUCUGUCAGACUUGUCCACUGAUUAUGACCUCAUGUUGGGUCAGGUUAAGAGCUUCGAGCCGCCACCCUCCCAGACAACCACCACCGACUUCGGCAACCUGCUCACCGUAGCUGAGGAAAAGCGACGUCGGAACAUGGAGCUGAUUCCUCUGACAGCACGGAUAGUCAUGACUCACCUGGUGAACCAUCUGGGUCAUCAUCCACUGAGUGGUGGCCCUGCACUUCUCCAUAGCCUAGUGAGCGAAAAUCACGACAAUCCGUAUGUGGAGUCAUCCGAGCUAUCCUCCGAGGUCUUCAAAAGCCCCAACCUGCAGCUCUUUGUCUUCAAUGAUAGUACGCUGGUGUCCUACCUGCAGAUCCCUGCUGAGACCCACACUGUCGGACAGCCCCCCCAACCUUCCUCCCAAGUGCGUGUCAUUGUCCGGGACAUCUCGGGCAAAUACUCGUGGGAUGGCGCAAUCCUCUACUGCACCACCCAGGAAGACUCUGUUGAUGCGGGAGUUUUUAAUGCAGUUGACCGCCCUCUUUCUAGUACCACUAGUGUCGCUCACAGCAGAAACCAGUCCAACUCGCCAACAAAGGGGCCGUACAAAAAUCAUUGUUCAGUCUCAGACUCCCUCUCUGACUGCUGUGAGGAGGAAGAGGUAGAUAUUCUGGAUAAGCUUUUGGAGGACCUGGGCCACAGCAGCCCAGAAUGCCUGCCCCAGCCACAACUCAUGCUCAACCAGCCAGCCCCCUCACCCCAUGGCAUGAACCUAGAGCAAGAGAGCGCCAUCCUGGAGGCCAUUCUGCGUCAAACUCAGCAAGAGGAGGAGCAAGUGAGGAGAUGGGAUGCUGAUGUAAGCUUUCGGGCCGCCUGCCAGAGGGAACCCUCCCACCAGGAACCAAAAGCUCCUUUCUACUUCUGUCGGCUGCUGCUUAAUGACCUUGGGAUGAACUCUUGGGACCGCAGGAAAAGUUUCCAUUUGUUGAAGAAAAACUCCAAACUCUUAAGAGAACUGAAGAACUUGGAUUCCAGGCAGUGUCGAGAGACACACAAGAUUGCUGUGUUCUACAUUGGAGAGGGCCAAGAGGACAAGUGCUCCAUCUUGUCUAACAGCGCAGGCAGCCAGGCCUAUGAAGAAUUUGUGUCUGGACUGGGAUGGGAGGUGGACCUGGCCACACACUGUGGCUUUAUGGGUGGCCUCCAGAGGAAUGGCAGCACAGGUCUGACAGCUCCUUACUAUGCUACCUCCACCGUGGAAGUCAUAUUCCACGUCUCCACUCGUAUGCCAUCUGAUUCUGAUGACUGCCUCACCAAAAAGCUGCGACACCUGGGAAAUGACGAGGUGCACAUAGUGUGGUCAGAGCACACCAGGGACUACCGACGUGGCAUCAUCCCAACUGACUUUGGAGACGUGCUGAUUGUCAUCUACCCGAUGAAGAACCACAUGUAUUUCAUCCAGAUCAUGAAGAAACCCCAGGUUCCUUUCUUUGGGCCUCUGUUUAAUGGCGCCAUCAUCACUGGGAUGCUGCUGCCAAGCUUGGUGCGGGCCACCUGUAUCAAUGCCAGCAGAGCUGUCAAGUCCCGGCUGACUCUCUACCAGAGCUUCUAUGAGGAGCGGGCGCUCUACUUGGAGGCCAUUGUUCAGAACCACAGAGAGGUCAUGACCUUCGAAGACUUUGCCUCGCAGGUCUUCUCCCCCUCUCCUGGAUAUCCAAUGAGUGGGACAGCGUGCAGGCGUUGGCCGGGGAUGGUUUGGGACAUGGAGUACCCCUGGGCCAAACUGGACUGCUCCUUCACUGGCAGCGCGAGCACAGAAGCUGGAAAUACCACAGGAACGACGGACUCCAUCGACCAGGUUUCUCCCACAAUGCCCCGUGCCACAAAGAACCGAGUUUCCGGAAAACUCCGCCGGUCAGCCAGCGCUAUAAGCAAAUCCUCCAACUGAGCUCUUCAAUCUUUUCUCGAAGAACCUCACACACCCAGCCAUGACUGCAAGAGAUUUUUUUUUUUGUUGUUGUUGUUUUUUGUUUUUGUUGUUUUGUUUUGUUUUUUUGGCAUGUAUUGUUUUUCUUCUGUUUUGUUUUGGGUCAUAUAAACAUGUAACUGGAGCAUAUUGCAAUUUUUAAUUUAAGUGGCAAUCACUGAUUUCGUUUAUACAUUUCCAUUUGUUGUGGUGUUUAACUGCUUAACCGAGAUGAACGUGUGACUAAGCUAUUUAUGUUCAUCCUGGUGGUUUCAGCUUAAGAAUCAGCGACAUAGGAAGACUUGACAGAGAAGUCUUAAAGCAACCUGUCAUUUUUAUUCUCACUUUCUAGUGCAGUCUUGAUGCACUGGAGAAAAAAGUUCUUACUAUAGUAAGGGAAUGGGAGACUUCUUUGCCCUGUUUCUAUAGCUCAUCUAUCUCAACAUUUAAUGUGACAAAGCACUGAAUGGCACAGCUGUAAAUGGCAUUAUGCUGAAACUGCACAAGAGAUUGGUAUCCAUUUAUAAAUGUGUCCGCCUUUUUACCUCCUUUUGCACCUGCUACAACCAUUUCUGUGUCAAAGAUACCACUUCAGUUAGUGACAGGAUGAUGAUGAUGUUGUCCUGCUCGUUUGGGCCCGUUUGGACCGUAUUUGUGGACCAUUUCCCUAAGGAGAAAAGAUUGAUGUAUGGGGAAUACCUAUCCAUAAUGAUUUAAACUUGCUGCACUACUACACAGACUUCCUGGGCACGGAGUCCCUGUAGUACAUGCAGUCAGAGGCUUUUUAAUUGUUUUGAACCCAGAGUGGACAAUCAAUGACGUCUUUCUAACAUGAGCUGAAUAGAAAUUUGUCUGGGUUUUCUUUUUUAUCACUCUAAUUUUCCUUUUUAAAUGAAUUCCGAUGGAUUGUGUCAUGAUUUGAUUUAUGCAACUCUGCUGGAAUGAGAAAAGACUGCGUUUGUAAUUGUUUUCUGAUGUCGUUAACAUAGGCUCAUGUCCGGUAAUUGAAUAAGUUCCUCCUGUCUCUUUCCUCUGCUAUCAGUUUCCCUGUCCUGUGAAGCUGAGACAUCGACAUUCCAACGUUCCCGACCAACGUUUUUUGCACUCACUGUCAUUGAUUAACUAGCAUCGAAUGUUUCUCUCUGUUCUUGGAUGUAAAUUGCUUUAAGUUUAAUUUGCUGAUGUCUGUUUGCAUAGAUGUAUAUAGAAAGGACUAUUUUAUGAAUUAUUUUGCUGCCGUGUUGGAUUAUGUAUUCAUGUGCUGUUUAGAGGAAAAAUACCACCAGAGCCUCAGGUGAAUCUUAACUCCGUGUGCGUGUGCGUGCUCGUGCGUGUGUGUGUGUGUGAGUUUCUGAGGGAGUUUUUCACAGUGCCUGUGUAAUGUCUGUCCCCUAAGAUGCUGUCCCACACCACCUCCACUCCCCAUAAUCAGAUUUUAGUUAGUCUUCUUCAUUGUCUGAGACAAACCAUGGCCACCCUGCAUCACAUCUCCUCGUUAGCAGUCUAAAAGCAAAGUGUUUUCCUCCCCUGCUCCUCUAAAGGUCAGUGUCUUGCGCUUCCCACAACAAAAACAACAACAGAUGGAUUUGGAAUCGUGGGGUUCUCUGUUUAGUCUUUAUUAUAGGCGGUGUGCUGCUCCGUCUUUAUCCAUGAAUGGAAUCAAGUGGCACCAGCUCCUCCUCUUUCCCAUGAUCCUCUCCCCACGCCUCCCGAGGCCACGGGGGCUGGGUUUAGGUGGCAUGCCAGAGCUGAACUCUAACAGCCCUCCUAGCAACAGCCAGGCCCAGCGCUCUCACUUCUCCAACCUGCCCGCUCAGGUUGUCACGGUAGCCAGGUGUUCCCCACGCACACACACACACACUAUACACUCACACACUCUGAGGGCUCCACCCAAGCUGCAACACUAUCCCCAUCUGUUGCACUACUAUGCCUUACUUUCCCCAUGCUCUCCAGUCAUUUCUCUUCCUUCUCUCACAUCUCGCCUCCUUUUGUUUGUUCAUUCCCCCUGAGCAGAAAAUGGGGAAUCCAAACAGCAGGAGGAUUGACAGAUCCAUUUUUGGGCUUUUGGUUUUUUUGGGGUUUUUUUUUUUUGUUUGUUUGUUUUUUUUUUGUUUGUUUUUUUGAAGAAUGUAUAGACAUAUAGGCCUGGAUCACAUCAGGUUUUUAUUUUCUCCAAAAGCCACUUGAAGGAACCACCCAGGAUGCUGAUCUAAAGAUUGUAGGUUAUAGAUGUCUGUUGAAGGGGUCUGUGCUCCCCCUUUGGUGGCUUAGUUGCUGGAGAUGUUAGUUUGUACCAAGAUAAGGAUUGUGUGUCUUAUAUACGUGAAGAAAAUGAGCUAGUGUUAGUCCUAGUAUGUUUUUGCUUUUCUUCUCGUUUUAGAAAUCCUUGUACAUUUUGUGUCAAAUUUGAGGGCUUCAGCGCUCUCUGAAUAUAAAUAUAUUAAUGCCUGUAAUAUAAUCUUUGUAUAAGAGAAAGAGGAAAAAAAGCUUGAAGAUUUCAUCAUUACUUGUCAACAUAUCAAACUGUUUUUAACGACCGAAGUUCUGCUAUCUUUAUUAGAAAUGUGAAAAUUGAAACAUUUCAUUAAAUCAAUUUGAAAUUCUA